AUGUGGAGAUCUGUGAACGCAUCGUUUUCAAAGUAUUCCAUAGAAUUAGCUCAGCUACUCUGCAGGUGUCUCAAAGAUCCGCAUAGAGAUAAAGCUCUUGCAAGGUAUAAGCUACAUUUGAAACAAACCGACUACACUAAUGGAGUGGCUCAAGCACCAGUAUUCCAUACCGAAUUUAAGGAGCCUACCAGCUCAAACAAGGGCUCUUCCCAAUAA